AUGCGUCUCCAGAAUGCCGUCGAUUUUCGAGAAAAUUCGCUAAAAAUCAUUCGCCAACUGAGUUGUAGAGUAUACUCAGCUCGUGAAAAUGAUAAUCCAAAAACACCUCCAGGUUCUAUG